CAACAAACAAUUUUAAGAACAUUCACAUUUCGCAUGGUCGUGAAGGUGAAGUGUGAAGCAGUGUAAAGCCUUCUCGUGUGUCUGUGUUUUUAUUUACAUACUCAUCGAUUUUGUACCUGGUUGCCUUGACAACAAUAUUAUUUAUUUAUGUAUUAAAUUUUAUUCACAAGAGAUUUCCAAAAGAGACGACUUCUGUUAGAGGAGUUUCAAUCGAGUUAAAAAUUUAAAAUGGAAAAUUCGCAAGUGGUUUGCCUGAUUGAAAAAUCUCUGCCAUGCUCAAUAUUUGAUGUCAAAUGGAUACCGUGUUCAGCAAAAUUUGUAGUACUAGGCUGCUUACCCCGCACCACAGGAGUCAUCAAGAUUUUUGAGCUGAACGGCAGUGAUCUUACUUUAGUAAAAGAGGUUGAAAAGCCUAAGGGAUUCAAAUGUGGAACCUUUGGAGCAUCUGCUCUUCGUGAACGCCGACUUGCAACUGGAGAUUUUGAUGGCAAUCUUUCAAUUUGGGAUCUGGAAGAUACAAGCAAACCCAUUUAUUCAGUCAAAGCGCACAAAGAUUUGGUCAAUGCAGUAGCAGGCUUUGGUGGAAAAAGUAUUGGUUGUGGAGCACCUGAAAUUGCAACUUGUGGCCGUGAUGGAACUGUCAAAUUAUGGGAUCCGAGACAGAGAGAAGUCCCUGUAGCAGUCAUGAAACCAAAGAAUGGAGAAACACCCAGAGACUGCUGGACAGUAGCAUUUGGCAACUCUUACAACAGUGAUGAAAGGGUUCUUUGCUCUGGCUAUGACAAUGGAGAUAUCAAAAUGUUUGAUCUCAAGAAAAUGGAACUGCGGUGGGAGACAAAUUUAGCUAAUGGAAUUUGCUCUCUUCAGUUUGAUCGUCCUGACAUUGAAAUGAACAAAUUAGUCGCCACUACACUGGAGGCAAAAUUCCAUGUAUUUGACCUGCGUACCCAGCACCCCACCAAAGGGUUUGCGUACAUGAGUGAAGAGGCGCACAAAUCGACUAUCUGGUGCGUUUGCCACUUGCCCCAAAACAGAGAGCUCUUUGUUACUACUGGAGGAGCGGGAUCAGUGUGCCUUUGGAAAUACAAUUACCCAUCCAAUCGGGUAAAAGAAGAUGAAAAAGGCGUCAAAGAGGGUGUUCCUGGCUCUGUUACUCUUCUUCACAACGCCUUGCUAUCAACUCAGCCCAUUUCUAGUUUUGACUGGAGUCCUGAUAAACUUGGCCUUGGUGUGUGCUCGUCGUUUGACCAGACAGUUCGAGUUUUGAUUGCUACGAGGCUUAAUUUAGUGUAAGGACAAUUACGAGGGGAAGGUUUUGCUUUGCAGCCAAAUUAUGCAGCACAUUGAAUGGAGCAAACAAUGCUCCUUAUCAGACUCUUUUAAGUUCUUUGAUAACUUCAACCACUGUAUAAUUAUUAGUCGUCUUAAGAGUUUUCUCAUUAAAAAUAUUUAUCACAAUG